AUGCCGCAAGUUCCAGCGGCCGGGUUGCGACAACCACUUCUCGAUGCCCAGCGUUCCCCACCACCUUCGCCCUUGCCACCUCCUCUACACGAAAACGUUAUGCGCCUUGAAGCCUCAUUCCUAGCACUCCCAGCGGCGCUGGCGGCGGAGCUUCCCAACGGCGUUACAAGUUCCGCUGUCGCCGCUGCAAGAAUGGACGCUGUACGACACCUCGCAGCGGCACCGGAUGUACGGACGAUGCGUGAGGUUUCGGAGGAGCUGGCGGCGCGGGCCGCGCCCCCGGGCUCUUCCUCGGCACCAGCCCCGGCGGCGGGUGGCGCGGGCGAUGGAAAACCUCCCAACAUGAAGGCUCGGCUCCAGGCUCCGGACUUAGCGCUGCUGCUGGGGAUGUCCCCUGCGGAGGCAAAAGCCCUUAUAGCUUCGCAGCGGGAGCUGGGCCGACUGACCCGUGGGUCGGCCACCCAAUCAAUUGAGAUGCUGGGGCAGCUGCUGGGGCUAUUCGGAACAGGAUCGGGGGCGGGAGCGGGAGGAGUCGGCGGGUUUGGUGGGGAAGGGGAUGUACGGCAGCGGCAGUUGGGACGGCUGGUGGUACGGCAGCCUCGUGUACUGCUGGUUUCGGCGCCGGAGCUGCGGGAGCGUUUCGUGGAGCUUCAGUCUCUUCUCUCCCUCCCCACCUCCCUGGCCCGGCGCGUGGUAGCCUCCCAACCCGGGCUCCUAACCCACUCCCCGGACGUGCUGCGGUCGCGGUUGUCGGGUUUGUGUUCCGUAUUCAACACGGACCCCUCACUGGUUGCCGUACUGGCCACGCACCACCCCGGGUUGUUGGCGGUUAACGGGGGGGAGCUGAGCGGGCGGGCGGCCGCACUGACAGAGGAGCUGAGGCUGACGAAGCAGCAGGCAGUUGCCGUAUUCCGCCGCCAGCCUCGCGCACUGCUGCUUCCCUCCGAAACCAUGCGCACCCGGCUCCGGAAUACGGCCCGGCUACUGGGGCUGCCCGGGGGCGGGGCGCUGGGUAGAGUGGUGCUCAACGCGCCUCGGUUGCUGUUGUCGGAGGAGGCGGAGGUGGAGAGGAGGUUGAAGGAGCUGGCGGUGCUGCUGCAGAUACCCGCGGACCGAGCGGCGGUGGUGGCUUCCGAGCACCCGGUGUUGCUGGUGACCCCGGGGUCGGUGCUGGAGGAGAGGCUGCGCACCCUGGCUGAACUCGCACAGCUGAACAUGAGCAAGGCUCGUGCCCUGGCGGUGGACAAGCCAUCUCUGCUGACCAAGAGCAGUGCCUCCAUGAGGAGGUCGGUGGCGGAGGCGGAGGCGGCGGAAGAGGGGGAGGGGGGAGGGGAGGGGCGAGUGCCGGGGGAGGGUUUCAACAAGGGCAGCAGCACCGAGGUCCAGAGGGACCACCGGAACCGACGGUAG